UUCCUAUCAGUUUCGAUUAAUUUCCAACCGUAGGCAGACGAAGAACUUUUCAGUUGCGAUCAUCAUCACAACUAUAUACCUAUAUAGAUUAAAAAGGUGAAACAAGUGUACAAACAGUUAUUUGAUCGACUGGUGUAAUAGUGCUAAUAAACGUAAAACAGUGCAAAAAGAUGCUACAGGAUGAUGGAGUACGAAAUCUUCAGUAUGAUAGUGACCUUAGAAUAGCCCAACAGCCAAGAGUGGAACCUGCCUUAUAUCAAGAGCAAACCGUUAUAACAUCAGUACCUCGAUCUAAUCAAGUUAGAAUUCCACUUCCCGUAUCAACCGUAGAAUUCAGCAGUCAAGUGGGACAAAAUCGGACAUGUGUGCCCCUCACUGGAUUAGAUAUACUCGUCGACAUGCCCUCCGUGCAUAUAGAACAAACGUUUGAGUUAAAUGAAAAUCUAACAUCAAUAGCAUCCGAAAAUAGGUACACAAUUCGUUCACCGCUUCGUGAGGCCCUGUUUGCAGCUACUGAAAGUUCUGAGGCUAAACAUCGUAUGUUAUGGGGAUCAUCACGUCCUUUUCAGAUGCAUUUACUUGACAGAACACAUCAAGAGGCUUUGGUGCUGCGAAAGAAAUUUGCAAUGGGCUUGAUGUGUUGUCAGCCACGAUAUUUAGAAGUAUGGGUACCUCCUGGUGACCUUUUGGGACGAAUAGUUGAAACAUUUUCAGUGUUAUCGUCAGAAUUUACAAUUCAAAAUGCCAAUCGUGAGAUUAUAUAUGAAGUUGAAGGACCUAACACGAUCGGCUGUUGUAUGCCAAAGGAGGCGUUUUUCAAGCUUUUUACACCAGGCGUGAGAGCCCUAAAGGGAUCAAUAACCCGAGUGUGGUCAAAAGAUGUAUCCCAAUACACCACGAAUGUUUACUUUGCUGACCGUGAGUUGAGUGCAAAAACAAAAGCUUUAUUCAUUGGGGCAGCAUUCCUAUUGGCUCAUUCUUAUUCCAGGAGUAUAUGUAUUUUCAAUAAUAUAUGUGUCUCAAUUAAUAAUCAUUGUACAUUAUAAAAACAAUUGUUGAAAUAAAAAAUUGAAAUUUU